GGUGGUUUCCAUCAUAACCCUAAUAAAAAUCAGCUGACUUGUCAGAAUAAUAUAUUUAAAUUUUGAUAUUUUAAAAGAUAAAAUGAAGGAAACUAAAAGUGUUUCUGAUGAUAGUGCCGUGGCAGAGUCUGUUUCAUCAGUCCUUUACAAAAACAUGGUGUAUUUGGAACAGUUUGCCGAAUCAAUUUUAGGUUAUACAUCCAAAUACAACAGUAAUAUGAGCAUAUCUUAUGCACCAGAAAAUUUAAUUGGGAAGCCAUCUAAGUUCCCAGAUUACGGUGAUUUUCCUGAGACAUAUAUGCUCAGGUCUUACGGGAAAUGGUGGCACAAAAGUGAGGCCACUCAGGCGCAUUAUAUGCCACAGGAUGCCGAUCCUGUAAUUGCGGAAGAUUAUGUGUCAGUGAAGUUUGAAUAUCCAGUUUUUCCAGAUUUGAUUAUCAUUUAUGAAACAUAUAAUCCAGGGGCAGUGGUUAGAUUGUGGGGUAGGAUGACCGGAAACUCUUGGAAGUUGUUAUGGGAGGGACCACCUCAGCUUUGUACUCAAACCUCAAGAAAAUUUACUGUUAAAAUUAAAAAAAUUCCAAAUACUAUCAAUGAAGUACGAAUAGAAUUAAACCAAAGUUUAUUGAAGUAUCAUACGUCAUUGGAUGCUAUACUUCUGGCAGGAUACAGGCCAAAGUCAGCCCUCCAGAGUAGUAUAAUUACCAAAGAUUUAUUGAAUUCAAUUUCACCUAAGAAAACUUUGAAAGAAAUUCCACCUAGUUGUAAUGAUAUCUGUGAGAACACUGAUUAUUUUUCAAGUCUACCGUAUGAAGUAUUGGUUCACAUUUUUCACUAUUUAGAUUUAAGGUCACUGUGCAGGUGUUCACAAGUAAAUCAAAGAUUUUUUGAGGCCUCUGUAGAUGCUUCAUUGUACAGAGAAUUAAGUUUAAAAAGGUAUUGGCAUAAAGUUGAUCGUAACACAUUGUCUUAUUUAAUGGCCAGGUGUAAAACACUCAAAAAAUUGGACUUGUCUUGGUGUGGAAAUGAUAAUAUGAUCAGUGAAGAAAUUUUUGUUGAGUUUUUGCAAAAAUGCGGGUCCUACCUCACUCAUCUGUCCCUUGGUAACUGUGAUUUUGUAAAAAUGACAUCUUUAGAACAAAUUGGGAAAUGCCAAGAGAUUACAGAUUUACGAUUGAGAAACGCUCAGUGCUGUUCUUGGCGAUAUAACGCCCUUGCUAAUUUAAAAAAACUUACAGCACUCGACCUCUACAGUUCAAAUAUUGUAGACGAUCUAUUAAUAGACAUUUUAAAGUCUAAUCCUAAUUUAAAACAUUUAAUAAUUGAUUUUUGUUCUGAUUUGGAAAGAUUAGAUCAAGUUACAAAAGUGGCUUCACAGUACAAUAAAAAUUUAAUUACAUGGAGCAGUUGGAAGACCCAGUCAUUGACUUCGGUAGGGGUCACUAAUUUGGCAAGGUGUAAUUUACUUAAAGAACUCGAUUUGGGUUGGUGUUUGUUACUAAGUGAUCCUGGAGAUUGCCUGGAAAGGAUAGCACAUGGAUGUAAAGAUUUGAGGAGGUUGAUUAUAUCUGGUUGGAGGGGAAUAAAUGAUCAUUUGCUGUUACCAGUGAUAAGAUCUUGCAAGAAUUUAACGCAGCUGGAUCUUCUUGGAGUUAAAACGAUUUCUAAAGAUAUUGUCGAAAGGAUCCUUGCAUCACUUUCAAAAUUAGAACUUUUGGAAAUCAGUUUCUGCGAUUCAAUUAAUUCGGAACAGGUGGCUGUGUGGCGUCAGCAGUAUCCUCAGGUAACUAUCCAACGAAGCUGUGAAUACGUUGUGGUUGAUUACUGGGAUUUGUAAUUAUUUCAAAUUAGCAAAUUAAUAAUUAUUACUAUUAUACAUAGAUAUCCUAA